CGAUUUACGUUUCCACCGGAAGGUUUGGAAGCUUGCGCAGUUCUCGGAUUGCUGCGUUCGUUCUGUUUGUUUUGGGCACACGUUAUUUGUUAUUGUGUUGAUUUGCUACCUGUGCCUGGGACACUUGACGACCGUGAUGCAGUGCGGUUGGUCUCUGUUAGGUCCGUUGGAGUGGGUCCAUUACGUCAACAAACAAGUAAAGGUGAAGGCGGGAAACGGUGAGGAGCUCCGCGGCUGGCUGUUCACCGUGGACCCUGUGUCCGCCAGUCUGGUUCUGGUGGACUUCAGGCAAAAUGGGGGUUCUUUAGUGCAGGUGGUGUUGGGCCAUGCUGUUGAAGAGGUCCAAAUUUUGCAGAAGGCUGAUAAGGAGAGUGCAGCCUACCUAUGCACUCUUUUCAAGCCUUCUAAAAACUGCAGAUUGGACCCUGAGGAGCUGAGAAGAAAAAAACGUAGCAUUCAGAACUGGCUGGAGAAGAACCAGAUCCCUGUGGUAGCAGAGGGGGCCGAGCUAAGGGUGGCGGGGGUCCUGACAAUUAGGGCCCCUUACAGACCCGAAGACUGCUGCAGUUCUAACCAGAUCAUCUUGGACCGCAUCCAGAGACUGAUGCAAAAUCAACCAGAUCAUCCUGGACCGCCUCCAGAGACAGAACCUGGACUGAUCCCUGCCAGCACUGCUUUGACCAGUUAGAAUGCAGUAGUUUGACUGCUUGGCCAUGACUAUGAAAUGUGACAGUAAAAUGUUUGAUUUAUAUUGUUAACAAAUAAUUUUUUGUCCACAGUAAACCUCUUAUACUCAGCCGAUCAAACAACUGCCAGGAUGUAACAGGAACAACUGAAGUUAAUAAUUAACUGUGGAUCCAGUUAGCGAUCAUCAAAUAAAAUUAUUAAUCAGAAAGACAAUCACAUUAAAUGGGACUAAACCCCAGAAUUAACCUAACCUAUGUCUGUCUGGUUUCUGUCCAUCAUUCAAACUGGACUUGGGCUGAAACUUUACAUUAUGGAAUUUUAGAACUUUAUCAUAUUAAAGGUCUGAUUACACUAUCCAUUUUUUCAGAAUUAGAGUACAUUAAUGUUUGUAUAGCGUGUUGACUAUUUUGCCCACGGUCUCAUUAGUACAGCAGGAGACAGUGGACAGUCACGCGACUUUUUCUUUUAUCGUGCUACUGUACCUUUGGUUUGUACAGAUACAAUGGAAAUGUCCAGAUUCACCCAGUUAGGUGAAGUUGGAGCAGGACCAGUAGAGUCUUGCCUGUUUGAUGGUGUGGACGAGGAGAUGCAGCUUAUCAUGUUUUUUUUCCACCGUGAAAGGGUCAUAAGGCCACAUAUUGAUCUUUUUUCAUAUCCUUAAGAUUAUUUUAAGGAGUGUUAUUGCUUUUCUAAAGAAUCAUUAAUGUAUUUAACAAACCUUUUAAAACCUUUCAUUUCAAACUCUAAUCGCUGGCCUGCGCUUACCACAGAAAGCAUUCUCUUUAUUUUUUUUUUCUAUAAUUUGGGCGAUGCAGAGCCUAUGGGAAAAGCAAGAUUGUGUAGAUCCCUUACCAUAUGUCUGGCACAGAAACGGUUUUGUACAGUUGUACCCUCUGUGUGACAUCAAAGAAGAAUUCCCCAGAGUGGCAGGUGUGAUGCAACCCAUCUCAUCACUAAUGUUGAAGCCAAAUGACUAGGGUCAGUGCACGAUUCCAGAAUCUUCAGGGAGUCAUCACUAUGUCACAUGUUUCAACAGGGACACUACAAUGGCUACUUGCUGGAGGACAGAGGGCGCCAAUGUCUACCCUAUUUGAGGACACCCUACCCUGAACCUGAGCCUGGACCAAAGACACGGUUCAACCAGGCCUACAGCAGAACACGGGUGUGGACAGGUGGACAAGUUGUAGAUGACCAUAAGCAUCCUGAAGGGGAGGUUUCAGUGUCUAUGUGGCCAGAGAGGGCAUUUGACAUAGUGGCUUUUGUUGUCCUUCACAACAUUGCCACGAAGAGGAGAAAGCCACUCUUCUUGUCCUGCUGAAGAUGACCAAGAGGAUCCAGUAGUGAACCAAGUAGACCACAGAGAUGGAAGACUUACUUUUAAUUUCAAUUUUUUUUUCAAUUCUUAAGACACAUGAUUUGUCCGAAUCACUUUUACUAAAAAGGUUCCUGCAAUUACA